UUUGGGGGGAAUCGUCCAGCGCAUGCUGCUUGUGUCGAUCGUGUUCCUUGCCAUGUGAGAGGCAACCACAGGUGGGUGAAGAGGUAGCGGCUAUCAAAUAAUAAUAAUAGGCCGCACGUCGAUUGAUCGGUACGAGGAGCAUGGAGCGUUGUAGUGUAGUCGAUUAGUGAGCGACUCCUCUCGUCCUCUGACUCUGACUUCACUCAACUUACAUGAAUGACUAUAAAAAGAAUGCACUCGAUCCGACUCAAACAGUUGUGUUGUUCCCGCUCUACUAGUAACUAUUAGUCCGCUUCCUCUCUCUGUCUUUGGAUUUGUAAUAUAAUUGGAAAUGUUGCUGUGAUCGUGGAAGAAUGAAUUUGGCAGAAUUGUACGAGAAUCGAAAUAGCAGUCAGUUCAAUGAUUCGGCGGCUGUUGUGGACCAAUUGAAGAGCAAACUGCAAUGGCAAGACGGCGAGACCAUCAUGGAUGUGGGCUGUGGACCGGGCAAUGUCACUGCUCUCCUCCUCCAGGCCAUUGUCCCUCAUGAUGCCACAAUUAUAGGAGUUGAUAUUUCGUCGAAUAUGGUGGAACAUGCUCAAAAAAAAUACGGCAAUAAGAACCUACAUUUCUGCACACUAGACUUUGGGUCAGAAAAUAUCAGACAAGUCUUCGAAUUAGAAUCAUUCUCGAAGAUAUUCUCGUUUUAUUGUCUUCAUUGGAUACAGGAUCAAAGGAGGAGUACUGAAAAUGUUUGGAGCCUUCUGAAACCAAACGGAGCAGCUUUAAUUGUGAUUGUAGUCCAUAGUCCGCUCUUCACUGUUUAUAGAGCUAUGAGCAAACUUGAACAAUGGCAACCAUACAUGAAAGAUGUGGACAGAUUCAUUACACCCUACCAAGAAGUAGAGAAUCCGUGUGAUGAGUAUAGAGCACUUCUAGAGAGCACUGGUUUCAAAGUAACGGACUGCUUUGCAAAAGAGUCUGCAGUUGAUGCUCCUACUUUUGACUUCCUCAAAGAGUCUCUGAAUGCAGUGAACCCGUUCUUGGGUCGUAUGCCAAAGAACCUGCAGGCCAAACACAUGGAUGCUCUAAUGGAUAUAGUUCUAGAAAACCAUAUGAUUCGAAUAGAAGAAGGAAGUGAAGGGAAGCUCACCUACAUUCAGCCCAACCGAGUGGUUGUAGCACUGUGUCAAAAAAUUCGUCCAAGCAACUAGGUACCGGUAAUCAAACUAUUAUAUCUUUGUUGUGAAGCAUAGUGGGCAUUAUCACUAAUAACAGCAUUUUUAAUUCUAAGGCCAAAGAUUUACUCAUUCUUCAGAAGGAAGAAUCUUGUAAUUGUAAUUCAACAUUUUUAUACUUUUAUUGGAAAUAAAUAUGAGAAACUUAGCUGUCAUAA